GCAAAAUAAUAAAUGCACAAGGCCUUGCUUGCAAUGCCUCCUCCAGAAGGCAAGAGGGAAGCAUUGGGAGACAUGCAAUUUCCUGCACAUGUGCAUCACUUCCUGUUGUCAUGAAACAUGCAGCACACAUUUCCGGCACAUGCUGGGAAUGCAGCUUCGUGCCUUGCACUGACCUUUGCUCUCUUUCUGACCGAUCUCUCCAUCUAUUUGUCUCAAUCUUCCUCCAUCGCAUGCAUGCAUUAAAUCUGCAGCAUGCAUUUCCUGCAAAUGUUUGCAAAGUCCCUGGGAGGGAUGCAACACUGCAACCUUGGCUCUCUUCCUGACUGAGUUUUUUCCCUAUCCUUCCAUCUAAAUAACCAUGCAGACCUUCCGAAAGGUUUUGGUGCACCUCUCCAAGGAGAACGGCAUCCCCAAAGCUGCAGACUUCCAGCAGAGCAUCGUGGGCUUCUUCUGCCAAGGAGACCAAGAGGACGCCUUGAGGAUCCACUGCGGGAUGGAGCACAGCCGCUUCCUCAUCUCCAACAAGGAGUUUCCCGGGUCAAGAAGGGCCUGGAUUCAGCGCCCUCCGUCCUGCCCCAUGAAGCUCUUGAGCCACGACCCCUCGGCCUCCCUUCCGGCGGUCAAGCCCUUGCAUGGCGGGGUGGACGCUGCCGUGGCCACGCUCCUGCAAUCGGCCGGAGGGAAGGUCCUGCUGACCCGCCGAUCCCCAAGGAUGGCCCUCUUCCCGGACGUCUGGGUCCCGCCAGGUGGCCACAUUGAACCAAAUGAGCAGUUGCUGGACGCAGGGCUGAGAGAAUUGCAAGAGGAAACUGGCUUGAAGCUGAGUGAAGGAGAGUUCUCCUGGAGCAUGCUGGGACUUUGGGAGUCUGUGUAUCCGCCAUUGCUGAGCCUUGGAUGGCCGACCCACCAUCACGUUGUGGCCUACCUCCUUUUGCGUUCGUACAAGAGCCACGGCCAAUUAGAGGCGAGGCUGAAGCCCAACGAAGGCGAAGUGAGUGCUUAUGCGUGGCUCGAUGUGCCCGUCGCAGCAGCAAUCGCCGGCACAGGAAUUGGCGACCACGAAGGGACCACCCUCCCGCCGACCGUCAGCAGCGUCACCGAAGUGGACAACGGCUCGACUAGGAGAGUCCCGAUCCCAACGGCCACGUUCUUCGACCACGACGGCAGCAACAGCAAAGGGGUCAGUGCCGGGACACGGUUCGCCCUGUGGAGAUGGCUCCAGACGAUGCGAGCAGAAGGAUGAGCCGGUGGACGGCCAAAGGCCUUGCUUGGGAAGACAACACUGGACAUGGCGGACGGGGAAUCACCUUACUCUUACCCAUAUCCCUUACUCUCAAUGAUAUUCUUAGCCUUAUUCUUACCCAUAUGGCACUGCUGACCCUUACUCUCACCAAUAUUCUUAAUCUUAUUCUUAGUAUUCCCCUCUUACCCAUAUUCCACGGCUGACGCUUACUCUUAGUGAUAUUCUAAGCCUUAUUCUUACCCAUAUGACACUGCUGACCCUUACUCUUAAUUAUAUUCUGAACCUUAUUCUUGCCCAUAUUCUUAGCAGCUAUGCCAGUAAGAGGGGGCGGGGCCAAAAAAGGCAACGUCAUGACCCCUCUGAAAUGUCCACACGACCCCUCUGGGGGUUGAGACCCCCAGGUUGAGAACCGCUGUCUGACACAAAUUCCACAGCUUACCCUAACUCUCAAUGAUAUUCUUAACUUAUUCUUACCCAUAUUCUUAGCGUUUCCCUCUUACCCGAAUUCCACGGCUGACCCUUACUCUCAAUUACAUUCUUAACCUUAU